AGACGGUUCGGGCCGCUCCGGGCGCCGAGCGGCUCGCCGGAUGCAGGGCGGGGAGGGCGGCCCGCGUCCCCCAACGCUCCCGGCCGGGGCGCCGACAACAAUCCGGCUCUCCCCCUCGCGGCUCACGUGACGCGGUGCCCUUGGCACGAACCUGCAGGGGCGGGGCGGGGCCAGCCUCCCGCGCCCCUGAAGAGGCCCCGCCCCGCGCCCAGUCGGCGGCGGGCAGCGUCUCCGCGCUGGGCCCGGGCAUGGCGGUGUGGACGCGCGCCCGCAAGGCCGGGCUGGUGGAGGUGCUGCUGCGCGAGCGCUGGGUGCGGGCGCUGGCCGAGCUGAGCGGGGAGGCGCUGGCGCUGAGCUCCGACCCGGAGCCGCGCAACGGGCUGCCCGACGGCGCCUCCGCCUCCCCCGAGCGGGGCAGGGGGCCCUUCUCGCCGCCGGCGCCCGGCUCGCCCGGCCCGCCCUCCCCGCCGCGGGGCUCGGCGCCGGGCUCCCCCCCGGCCGGGGUGCGGCGCGUGCGGGUCGUGAAGGCGGAGGCGGGCGGGCUGGGCAUCAGCAUCAAGGGCGGCCGCGAGAACCGCAUGCCGGUGCUCAUCUCGCGCAUCUUCCCGGGGCUGGCGGCGGAGCGCUGUGGCGCCCUGCACCUCGGGGACGCGAUCCUGGCCGUCAACGGCGUGGACCUCCGCGACGCCACCCACGACCAGGCCGUGCAGGCGCUCAAGCGGGCGGGCAGGGAGGUCCUCCUGGAAGUGAAGUACAUGCGGGAGGCAACUCCCUACAUCAGGAAGCCGUCGCUCGUGUCCGACCUGCCGUGGGACGUGGCAGCUCCGCAGUCACCCAGCCUCAGUGCCAGCGAGGAUUCUGGCUCCCCAAAGCACUCCAGCCCGGCCCAGGACCGCAAAGUCAUCCCCCUGAAGAUGUGCUAUGCUGCCAGGAAUCUGAGCAUGCCAGAUCUGGAGAACAGGCUGAUUGAGCUUCAUUCGCCCGACAGCCGGAACACCCUGAUCCUUCGCUGCAAGGAUACGGCCACUGCACACUCAUGGUUCACAGCAAUCCACACCAACAUCAUGGCCCUCCUCCCGCAGGUCCUGGCCGAGCUCAAUGCCAUGCUGGGAGCCAGCCAUGCACCAGGUGGGACCAAGGAGGUCAAGCAGAUUGCCUGGCUGGCAGAGCAGGCUAGGCUCGAUGGCGGGCGGCAGCAAUGGCGGCCAGUCCUCUUGGCCGUGACGGAGAAGGACCUGCUGCUCUUUGACUCCAUGCCCUGGACAAGGGACGCUUGGGCCUCCCCCUGCCACAGCUACCCACUUGUGGCCACCAGGCUGGUGCAUUCAGGCUGCAGAUCGCCCUGCCUGAGAUCAGACCUCACCUUUGCCACACGGACAGGCUCUCGCCAGGGCAUCGAGAUGCAUGUUUUCCGUGUGGAGACCCACCGCGACCUCUCCACCUGGACCAGGACCCUGGUGCAGGGCUGCCACGCUGCUGCAGAGCUCGUCAAGGAGGUCUCCAUAGGCUGCGUCUGGAACAGCCAGGACAUCCGGCUCACGAUCCACUACGAAAAUGGCUUCACCGUAUCCAGGGAGGAGGCUGGCCCCACCAGCAUCCUGGUCCAGUACCCUUUUGAGAAGCUGAAGAUGUCUGCUGAUGACGGGGUCCGAAACCUGUAUUUGGACUUUGGUGGCCCGGAGGGGGAGCUGGCCCUGGAGCUGCACUCCUGCCCCAAGCCCGUGGUCUUCGUCCUGCACACCUUCUUGUCGGCCAAAGUGACCCGCAUGGGGCUCCUGGCCUAGCAGCUGCAGCUGGCAGUUCCUGGCCUCGCCAGGGGUCCCGCCUGCCAGCCUCAGUGCCUUGACCGGACUCAACGGUAGCUGUGUGGCUGCCUCUCCGCCUUCCGAAGAGCUCCAGCGGGAGGCUGCGGCCUCAAACCUCUCGCCUGGUCGGGGCAGGAGACGGGCGAUUCCCUGGUUGGGUCGCGUGAAGCUGUUCUGUCCCACUCACCGAACGUGCCUUUGCUGGUGGCUGGGAAGAGAAAGAGGAGAGCUCCCCCUGGAAGAAGCAAAGCGGUGCCCAGCGUGCCGGUUACGUUGGCUGAGCUGUACCUGGCUGCUGCUGCGGGAGGGCCUGAGAGAGGGCUGGGCGCUGUGGCGCGCUUUGCGCUGCUGGGUCUUGCCCCAAAUCCAGAAGGGACCCCAAGGAGCCAGGAGAGAUGCCCUCCAUCUCUGUUCAACAGUCUCCCUCCGAUUUUAGUUUUAAUCCAAGAACCAGUAAAAGAAGCAGCCUUAGCUUAAGAGAAUUUUUUCAACGUCAGAAAAAGUCCUGUGUCUUUGCUUCAGAAACCAGAGAACUCGCUUUCUUUGGGCAUCUUUGGCUUGCUAUGUAGAGCCCAUCCCACUUACCGAAAUGGGGAGAUGCUCUGAAAAGCAGGCUGUCCAUCUCCCUUCCCGGUUUUGUCACUAACGUUUGCACACUAUACAAGCCUGAAUCACUAUUUUUACUAUCUGUCUGUCCUGGGUACCGCAGAAUCUUUCCCAGUUGAGUGAAUGUAUAUAUCAGCAAUUCUCAGCAACAGAUCACUUCAAAAAGUAGAUACACUAAUCCCCUGUCAGGAAGGAGGCCGCCACUAGCCACAAAGUACGUCUUGCCCGUGGCAUGUUCUGACCAAGACCCUCCUUUUCCUCACCCCCAAAUGGAACCGUGAGCUCUGCAAGAAAAGCAGUUUGGCCUCUUGAUAAAAAGGUUGCAUAACAUUUCCAAACUCUUCCUGGGCAGAUUGUUAAUGAAAUUCAGUGUUUCUUGCUCUCCUGAGGAAAGAAAGGAAAUUGUGAAACUUGAGUCCUCUCCUGGCACUUGUUUCAGGAACCAGAGAGCCCAGAGCGGGGAGUCCCUGUGAUUCCCCCAGUUCUGUUCCCUGGCCCUGGCCUGGGGAGGGAGGGGCCCCUGGCCGGAGAGGAGCUGCGCAGAGCCUGCCUGCUCCUGCCCAGCAACGCCAUCCAGGGAGGGAUCAGGCCCCCCUUCUCAGUGCUUGCAAAGAGGGAAGGGAUCUUGCCAUGAGAUCCCAGGCUGGGGCUGGAGCUUGCUGCCCCUGCCUGCUCCUGCAGUCUGGGCUGGGUCUCGGGCACUGGUUGGAAAGGGAACAGCCCCUCCUUCUAACCGUUGAUCCUCUACCCUUUUUCAGAUCCCUGGCGAGGUCAGAGACCCCCUUAGCCCAGGAGGAGGACUUGCUCCCAGGCAGAAGGAGAGAGCUGGCUGCUGAGAGGGAGGGGGCUGAGGGCUUCCUGACCCUUCCGGUGAGGGAUUUGGACCCCUAAGCAGAGGGGGAAGGCAGCACUCAGGCACUUGCCGUGGGGUCCAGCUCCUGGGUUAGGGCUGAAAUUCAGAUUGCAGGGCCUGUUCAAAGAAAUCUCAAGGCCAGGAAGGACUUUUCCUGACCCUUUCUGGCAUUAAAAGCCAGUUUUUAAUGGUGCUUCAGACCCUUCAUCCCUGGAGAGAAUGCCUCUUCCCAUCCGCUUUCAGUUUGGUGCAACAAUUCAGGUGGGUUUCUGGUCUGUCUGUGUCCCUCCCUUACGUCUACCUGUAGAGGCAGGGAGGGACUGGAUGAGUUGCAGCAGAUGGUUUGCGCUUGUGUCCAGCAGCCCAGGUUCCCAUCCAGGGCUGCUGCCAGUGGCUGCUCUCUGUUUCGGAAAAGGACCUUGGGCACCCAUGGGGGGCUGGGGGUGUUUGCUGCCCCAGGCAGGUAUGAAUGUAUCGCAUCAAGGGAGGGAGGAGAAUCUGGCUGGCACUGACAGAAGUUUUCAGAUGGCGCUUUUAUAUCACAGCAAUGAGCGAGAUUACAAAAACGAGGCAAACAUUUAAAAAUACAGAAAGUCAAAGACUACAAAAAUACAGUCACGUUCUCACCCUUUUUUCUGUAGCACUUUUUCUAGCAACACUACAUCCAGUUCUUCAGCCGCAAGGAUGUCCUUGCAACUGGAGACAAGCGGGCUGCCUCCUGAGGCGUUUGUACCCUGAAUUAAUGUGGAGCAUAAAGCUGGGGGGGGGGGGUUAAGUUCCAUCAGUGCAGGAUUUGAGGGUGGGGGACAAGAGCAGACUUCAGGGGUUCAUUCUUGCUUGUGGCAGAGCAAAUGCUUUUUAGGUCAGGGAAAGAAUUUAAUUCAUUAAUUGAAUUACUGAACAAGGGUUGCUCCUCUCGCCGAGUGGUUACCUUUGUUCCCUGCUGUCACGGCGGAUCGCUGCAGAGUUUCCCAUCUUCUGUCUGAUGUCAGGAGUUUACAAAUAGGGCAAAUGCAACUGUUAAUGGGUCCGAAGUGCCAAAGAUCUCUUGAAGUUUUGCACAGAAACCACUACAAGUAAACAUCUGUGUUAAUGCUGUGCAAAGCUGUAUGUUUGUGUGGGUAUGCUGUUUGUUAUUAUCUAACGCGGAGUAUUACAACAGAGGUAUGCUGUCACAAUCAAAUCUUAAACGUACAACCAGCUUUAUUUUUCUAUUCUUUGUACAUGGUAUUUAUACAAGGACUUGCUUUUUCCAGUGAUUUUAAAUGCAAUUGUUGGGGGUCUCCAGGUUAUCAAGAGAUGAUAUUUGGACAAUGUUUGAUCUUUGCCAGCAGAGGAGUUCUAGGUAUGCUCUGCAGAAAACCUGGAUGCCCCUGGCCCAAGUUACACGUUAACUGUGUCGUAUUGUACAUUACAAUGGAAAGGUGACUAAGGGCAGGUGUACAAUAAAGGUAUUACUGGUUUUAGCCUC